AAACUUUUUAUAUUCCCUUCGAAUAGAUGCAUUUGAGUGAAUGAAUUAAAAUUACUAUUACUAUUGGCCAGUUCAUCUGCUUGUGAUGCUCAAUGGUGGAGAUGCCCGUCAGGUAGCAAGGAUUACGUUGGCUCGGUUUAAAUACUAGGCCAUAGCCAAUCGUUUUACCCUGAAUCUCAAUCGGAACAAAAAACUGGAGAUGUACUCGGGAGGCGUGAACUUGGGGAGCUUCAGAGCUCCUGGAGGCACCCUCAAGAAAGAUAAAUCAGAGGUGAGGAGGCUAGACCCCUUAAGAUUUGCUGGGGAUGGGGUGACAUUCAAGGGGAAGCUGAUCGGAGUGCUCGAAGUCUCAGAGGCGAGAGGCGAGCAGAUGUGUCAAGAUGCCAUGGGGGAGUUGAAGAUGGCCAUCAAGGCCGCUGGGGAGCACAAGCGGAGGAUCAUCAUCUGUAUCGGUCUGGAUGGGAUUCGUCUCAGAGAUGAGAGCUCCAAGGACUGUCUUUAUCAUCACCCGGUACAUCGGAUUAGUUUCUUGGCACAGGACGCAACUGACACUCGUGCUUUUGGCUAUGUUUUUGGAGCACCAGAUCUGGGCCACCGCUUCUUUGGCAUAAAGACAGAGAAAGCAGCUCACCAGGUGGUGCAAACCAUCCGAGAUCUCUUUGAGGUGGUUUUCAGCAUGAGGAAGAAGGAGUUAACUAAGUCCAAGAGCAUUAAAUCUGAAGAUUCCAACUCAUCAAAGGUAUCCAGUCCUACCAAAUCCUUACCGGGAGGGAAUCACGAGCCAGACUUAUUGGGGAGUUUGCAAAUGGAACCCAAGGCAAAGACUCCACUGGGACAGGAUCCAUUUGGCGACUCAUUCAAGCCCUCCAACAAUUCCACAUCCAUUGCAUCAGCAACUGCAAAGCCAAAGAAUCUGGCUCCGUUCAAUUUCAAUGCGGCACUCCCACCCCCUCCUCCAAGUGUUCGUCAAAAGCCUCAGAAUGAUGGUGGCUGUGAGAAAACCUGGAAACUAUCUGCAUCUGAUCCAUUUGCUUCGCCUCCUCAGCCUGGUUCAAAGCCCUCUGAGAACUCUCAAGCUGAUCGAUAUGCUAGCAUUAGGGAUCUCUUCCAUCAAGAUGGACCGAGCAUUUUUGAUGUAACAUCUCAGGAGUCCAGUAAGAAGAUGACCAAUGGGAAUGAGUCAGGUCAUGAGUCUGUUCCAGAUGUGGACCAUCAGCAAAAUGGUGCUGCUGCCAUAGAGCCUGAGGAUCUGUUUACAGAUCUGGAUCCACUGCAAACAGGCAAAAGCAAGCCAUAUAUGGACAAGAAGGAUUUCUUCUAUGACCUAAAGCCAACAAAGAAGGUACUGCGAGAUCUCACUGAGUCUGGUAAGGGUGCUGACAGGAAGGAAGAUCCAUUUGGAACUGGAAAGUUCUCAGAAAACCAUGUGAAAACGAAGAUCCCAGAUGUCCUUGCCCUCUACAAUCAACAACACCAGGAAGCAUCUUCCCAGGAGACUUUAUCAUCUGAUGGCUUUGCUGAUUUCUCUGUUUUCCAAGACAAUGAGAAGAGAGAGGAUGAAGUUCCCAAAGUUCCCCCCUUGCCAACCAGUCGAGAUAGACAAGAACCUCCAGCUCUGCCUAUGCCUCGACCAUCACCGGGGCGAAGUCGAAAAGCACAAGAUCAAUCCAAGGACUUAUCCCUCAUCUUUUCACCACCAGAGGCCACUAAAUCUGAAGAUUGCAUUGUUCAGCCUGCUUCAAAAUGGGCAGCAUUCUCUCCCAUGACACCUCAACCUCCUCCACCCCCUCGCUCUGACUCCAUGUCUUGCAACUCCUACCCUCUAUGCACACAAGUGAGCUUUGGAUCAUCUGUAACUGGUGAUCUCAAUGAUGGGUUUUCAUACAUGGAAGACCCAUUUGAGGUGUCUGUUAGUGAUGAACCUUUCAAGGGAUGUGACCCCUUUCCACCUCCACUGCCAAAGCUGUAUGAAGCAAAACCACCUCCUUUGCCUCCAAAACGAAUCCCCCCUCCAACAACAAAGCCCCCACCCCGUCCUCCUCAUGAUAUUCCAGACUCAGUGAAGCUGUCAGAUGCGUUUGCCAGCAAGGUGGCCAAAGAUGAUGACACCUCACCUCCCAUCCCCAUCCCAUUCAGACGCCCAAGACAGAAUUCAAAUCCACAUCUCAAGUUUUCCAUACAAAGUGAAGCUGUCCUUGCACCCAGAGAGUCCUCUUUCAAUCGUAUCCCACCAGAGAAACCAGAUCUGAAGGAGAAAUCCCUGUCUCAUCUUGAUGAUGUAGCCUCAGGGAGCACCUCAAGCCAAGAAGUGUCAAAAUCCCAUUUGGAAGCAAAGGGUGGUUCUGAUUAUGAUAGAGUUGCAGAUGAUGCAAGCGUUAAGUCUGGCACUUCCCACAGUGAUGCUGAGCUGUCUGUAACACCCAGCCUCAGCAGUUCAGAUACAAAUUUGAAUCAAGGCAGCUUGCCCACUGGGUUAUUUGGGUGUGGGAAACUGAAUCUUCCUGCAGAGCAAAUUAAUUCCAUGAGCCUCAAGGAUCUGGCUAGCACCCUUUCAGCAUCAAACCUUUUUUCUAGCAGUGAGAAAUCCAAAGAAGAGUACCAUACUGCAGAGAACAAUGUUGCUGCCAAAAGGAAAAGUAGAUCUUGUGAAUCUCUAGAGCCCAGUGAUGUUGACGACACUCUGCAAAAUGUGUCAUCACGAGAUGACACCUGGAGAGAUGCCCAGGAUGAAACAUUGAGAGACACAACAUCACCAGAUGAAUUCAGUUUCUCUCAGCAGCUUGGUAGCCCAGAUCUAGUCCCAGACUUGCCACCAGAUCAGAAGAGUCCUGAAGUGAGGUCCCCAAGUCAAAGAGAGACAACUGAGAGCUCAGAAUCUCAUUUUUAUUCAUUACGUAGUGAUACAGAAAAUGAAAAGGCCUCAGGCAAGCCUCACAUAAGUGAUGCUGCUUCAAGAAAGAUCAAGAAAGAAGAUGAGAAAGUCCCAAAGUCUUCAUUAAUAGACCCAGAAAAGCAGAAGGAAGAAUCACAGGAGACAACCAAGGAUGCACGGAAGGCAUCCAAAUCUCAAGAUGCUGCUGAAAAAUUAGCAGAUGAGGAAGUUGAACCCCUUAGCACAUAUGACUCUGAAGCUGAACUUAGUAAGUAUCAAGGGGAAGACAACAAAGAGAUGCCACAAGAGAAUGAAACAAAACAACGGAGAAAGGACUGGCAUGAGACACGGCAGAGUCGCAGUGUCUCUACGGAUGAUCUUAGUGAAUCAGUAGGCGACCAUCAACAAAAAGUUAAACCUGAACAAUACAACAUAUAUGAGAAUUACCCAAGAGGCUUUGAAUCUCCACAGAGCCCCUUGUCACCAUGUACACGACGGGCUCGACACUAUCCUUACAGAGAUGGUUUGUACGAACGAUACAAUCGUUAUCCACCUGUCCGCUGUCCAGAGGUGGAGGAAUACGACCGUCGUUAUUAUCGAAUGCCAUCUCGAGCACCACCACCACCCCGUUACAUGUAUCCUGAUGAGGAAUACUGGUAUUACCAUGACUACGAAGCAGUUGGUGCUCCAUGCCCACCUCCUGAUGUAUACAUGGGUGGAAAAUGGAGGCAGCACUGGGAUGUGGAACCAGAUCCACGCAUGAUGAAACCUCGGCCUCGGCCAUAUCCUGAAGACGACUGUGAUCGUUUCCCUCCUCAAGAAGUCCGACCACCUCCUCUGAGGCAUUUCAGGCCACCUCCUGAUUAUGAUCCUUAUUUCUAUUCAACAGAGGAGUUUGAUCAUGAUCCAUGGUACCCAGAUGAUCGGCAGUCCCCUCGAAGCAAGCGGCCCGAGAGAACCUUCUCUAACCGUUCUCACUACAGUGAUGAGGGGCCAUAUCGCUCCCCAAUGAUGAGACCCCGGGAGCGCUUUCACUCUGGGGACAUGGAAGGUUACUCCUCUCUUCAUCGUUAUGGGCAUCGACUUCCAAUGGCAAGGGAUGCAAGAGAUGGAGGACCGUGGAGCCCACCAACACGAAGAGGAAUGAGAGAGUGCCCUAAAGGAGAAACACCACCGCCAUCUGUACGAGACCGUCAGAAAUUCUCAUCGCCAUUUGAUGAUGAUUUUGCAUCAUCAGACCUAUCUCUUUCGGAAGCAGAUUUUCAUGCAUCUGCCAGCAAUGAGCCAUUCAGUGUUGAAGGGGCAUCAGGGGGGGAUCCACCAUGUGAUAGGGCAUUGAAGAAGAGCCAAUCAGAAUCUCAGGUAUCAGGAGGUGAUCCAUUUUUGCCAUCUAGCAACCAGCCACAAGAAAAAAGUGAACCACCAGGUCUCGGUUUCGAAGAUACCUUCAGGCCACCCGACCUCGAUGAGAGUUGGAAGGCAGACUUUGACUCAGAAGAGGCAGCCUCAAGCAAAAGUCAUCCCUCUGUCCAAGAGAACAAGUCAGUAAAUAUUUUCAAGGCUGAAGAUGACCCCUUUGCUGAUGACUUCUUUACCUCUGUUGAUGAUGAUGACUUGAAAGAGGCCAAACUCAAGUCCUUUGAUGUCUCUUCAGAAUGGCAAAAGCCCUUUGAGGCAUUUGACUUUGAGAAUACAAAGUUCACUCAACCCUGAAUUUACCUUCCCACAUCUCUGUAUGCUCGACUAUAUGGCAUUUUCAAACUUCCAUCUCCUCUGGCAUCAUGUGGUCUUUUUUUUCAUUUUUGUGUUUGCUUCCCUAUAGAUACAGCCAGUACCAUGCUUUAGAGGAUUCAACUUCAGCUAGCAUAAUGAUUUUUCUCAUCUGUGAUAGAAGUAACUGCAAUCUCGUUUUCCCUCUGGUGAUACCCUCUCACACAUAUACCUAUAGUUCAUCUGGCUGCCCUUGUUGUAUCUCAGAUCUGUUCAAUUACACGUUAUA